AUGUCUCACAGAAACAGAUGGAGCAAUGCAGGGAUUGAUUUUGACGAGCUUCCCGAGUCACCGCUAACGUCUAGACACUUUCACCGUCGAACGACAACUCCAGGGACAACUGCAGUCGUUCCUCGAGCGCAAGACCGUCCGCGGAUUUCCAUCGAGAGAUCUCGAUCUGAAAAUCAUAUCCGUCGUGAUUUGCAGCUUGACAGUAAUGGUGAUUCAGAAGAGACCUCGCCAGUUUAUCAGCCAGUCGCCUCCACUCUCUUGCCUUCAAUUGUGCCAUCUUCCUCCUCAUCGAGGAGCCGAUCAACUCCAGCCACCACGCCACUGUCUCAUGUAAACGCUAGAGCGAGUUGUUCCGACCACGAAGGGCAGUUUGACGCACUUCAGUGAAAACUUGUUCUUACAGAAAAAAUUGACAACUUACAAGGCCAACAGUCAGCA